AUGAAUCGCAACCCUCUACAUCCGUCCCUCCCUCGUCCCCCUCACGUCCAUCCCUCGACGACCCCGUACAUCCCGCAAUCCCUUCUUGAGUCUUACUCGUCACACUAUGCCCAAGCAUAUCUGCAAUCCUAUCCAGCUCCUCUUGCUGCCGGUUUGAAUGAAAUUCGCACUCCAUUCAGGACCGAAGUUGGUUCUUGGUAUCAACCAGGAAAUAAUCGAUGCACUUACAAGGGGUGCAGUUUUACCGGAUCUCAUAAAUCCGUGGAGACACACAUGAUGGACAGGCAUCUUAUUUUUCCUCCAGGGUGGGACAAACGAAAAAAGAGACAAGAAUGGGACGCUGACCCAACUCUAAAAGGGAAACCCGUCCCAAUACAAGGAACUACCAUUAUUCUGGACUCUCCUGAGGUCUUGGACGCCUGGAUAGCUGAACGCAAAAAACGCUUUCCAACCGCGACGCGUGUCGAUGAUAAGAAGAGAAAACUUGAGGAAGCUAUUGCUCGUGGUCAACUCCCCUUUGUAGAAACAGGUUUCCGUAAACGGCAGAAAAUCGAUGACCAUUGUAGCGUCGGACGCGGCGAUAGUAUCAGACGCGAUAGACAUGCGAAAAAGGACCAUCAUGAAGGCGCUAUGGGACGGGGUCACGCUCAAGGUCGGAGGAGUGAUGCUGGCUGGCGUGGAAGGGGUCGCGGAUCAUCUGUAAUGCAUUCGCAACCCGUUUUGCAAACACCUUCUGCUGCACAAUCGGAAUCAAGUUCUGAGGAUGACAACGAUGAACCAGAAGUCGUAUCUUCCAAGGCGUCGGCCCUUGUUCUAAGCACCGCAAGCCAGGCCGAACAUGCACUGAAACAAGGUUUUGAUUCCAAUACGAUACAGACAACGACUGAAAGGCCAGAUUUACGACCAGCUCCGACGACGGAAAGGCCAAAUUUACGUCCCGUCAUGCCUAAAAUGCCCCCUCGUAAUCCCUUUGCAUCUCGUUCGACUCUCCUUCGUAACCUGUUGCUCCCUGAAAUACGCAUUACAAUUUCGAAUCUUUCCCAAGCCAUUAGGUUUCUGGUCGACAAUGACUUCCUUUGCGACGUGGAGCUAAAAGCUGGCGAGGCAGAGGAGCAAAUGAUUAAAGUUGUUGAAUAA